AUGAGCUCCUUCGCCGCCGAGCCAAGCUCAGCAGCGUUCGUCGCUACUCCACCACCCCGAUCGCCCCAGCGCAAGAGCCCACCCCGCCCCCGCUCAACGUCAACCUCGACGACUGCAAGCCCAAGCCCCUCCCCGUGUCCCUCGUCUACCGCCCGGCGUCCUCAACCACCAUCCCGGCGGCGGAUCCACGUCCCUCGUCUUGACCUCCUCCCGCACAAAGCACACGCCCCUUUCCCCGCCCUUCGCGCUCUCGUCCGCCAGCUCCAGCACCCACGCCAUCAGCACGCCCCCGCCCCCGCCCGCCAGGCACCGCUCCAGGUCGCCCACCGCAUCCGCCUCGACAGGGGCACCGUCCGCAGCCACCGCGCCCCGGCAGCCCUCUCCGCGAGCCAGCUCGCCCGCCACCGCGAGGGCGCCAUAGGAUCCUCGGCCCCAACCUCCGUCAGCUCCCUUAACGGCAGCAGCGCGACGCCCAGCCCCGCGAGCCUUCCGGACUGGCAGGAGAUCCUCGGCCCGAGUAACUACAUGAGCAUCCGUGCAGCGGCUGCCGAGGAGCUGUUCAUACAAUGCCGAUGCCUUAGGGCGCCUCAGAUAAAUCGAGGCUUUGCUGAUCGGCGCCUUUGGUACUUGUCGAAGGUCAUCCUCCCAAAUCAUCUAUCACCGAUGAACUUGAAAGCCCUUCGAGACCUCGGUUUGAACGCAGCCAAAAGAAAGGAAAUAACACUCCAAUUCCAGGUAUCGUCUAUCGGGUCGUACAGCACGCAGUGGAUGAACCGGUUUCACUGUUUGGCCCGAGAUCCGGACCCUGGUCUGACUCCGGUCGGACCCAGGAAUGCUGCUCGCGACAGGGUGCAGUUGACGCGUGGCCCGACUUCUGGCGCCCCCAAUCUCCAAAAGGAGGAGGAUUCACCUAAACCUCCCGAGCAUUGGGAGGUUUUCUCAGUCUUCGGUGACGAAUCUCCGACUCUCAAGGGAGCGAUGCUCUCGGACCAGCUGCCAGACGCGACGAAGCCGCCGCCGGGAUGCGAGAAGCAGUAG